UGAUUGGUCAGCUUGGUGUGUUUACGUUCUGUCAGGAAGGAAGAAAGAAGUCACGCGACCUUGAAGUGAACAAGCGUGCAAGGAAACAAAAUGUCGCUACAAGCUUCAGGAGUAAUCAAACCGGGGAUCGUCUCUGGACUCCGGGUCUCUAAAGACCACCUGACCAUCGCGGUUCCUGUUGCAGUGGCUGUAGCUGUAGGAACAUACCUGCUCACCAGGUACCUCAGCAGCCGAAGUGACUCCAAAGGGAAGGUGAACCUGGAGGUCGACAAGGACAACACCAAGGUGGUGCACAGCUUUGAUGUCGAGGAUCUUGGCAAGAAGGCCAUCUACUGCCGCUGCUGGAGGUCCAAGAAGUUCCCAUACUGCGAUGGUUCUCACACCAAACACAACGAGGAGACAGGAGACAAUGUGGGUCCCCUGAUCAUCAAGAAGAAAGACGCCUGAGUGGCUGGACAUCACCCUGCUCCUGCUGUUGUGUUUGAUUUUCUGAGAAACAGGGUGUGUGUAUGUGUGUGUGAUUAUUUACAUCAUUCUUGUAUCAGAUCAGAUAAAGACCUCACAGCAAAAUCAACUGCUAUCAUCAUUCACACUGAGGUUGUGUGACCCGAGACAUCAUAACGACAAGCCCUUAACGGACCGCAGUUCCUGUUUCUUUUUUCUGUCCUUAUCAACCAACUACACUACAAAUGAAUGUUUCACUGUUGAACCGCAACAGAUGUGUAAGCAUUAACAAGGACAAUUAGUCAUGAACCCUAAAGAUUUCUUCAUGAUAAAAAAGUCUUUGUUCCUGCUUCAUGAUCAGGAUCAGAAUCAGAAUCAGAAUCAGAUUUAUUGGCCAAGUGUGUUGACACACACACGAGGAAUUUGGUUCCAGCAGUUUGUGACUCUCAAAAGUACAGACAUACACAAUACUAUACAAACUAUACAAGACAAUGCAGAUGAUGAGAUACAAUACAGACAGUAUGAGUAUAAAAUAUGAAUAUAGAAUGAAUUAAAAUAUGAAUAUUGAAUAUAAGCGAUCGGUUAUGUACAUAAAGUUUGGGCGUGCAAAUAAUAUUGUGCAAUAUUAUGCUUUUGUACAAUAUACAGCAGCAGUAGUGUGUAAUACACAGAUGAUGUGAUGACUGACAGUCCUGAUAAUGCAGUACUUAUGAUAAGAAGCAGUGAAUAUAAUUAAUAAUGGUGAGUUGUUGAUCAGGGUGAUUGCCCGGGGAAAGAAACUGUUCCUGUGUCUGGCAGUUUUAGUAAACGGAGUUCUGUAGUGCCUGCCAGAAGGGAGGAGCUGAAAGAGGUUGUGUCCAGGGUGUGACGGGUCAGUGGUGAUUUUUCCUGCCCGGUUUCUGGUUCUUGUGUCAUACAAGUCCUGGAGAGUGGGCAUGGGGGCGCCAAUUAUUUUUUCUGCUGUUUUUAAUGAUUCGAGAUGUACUAUAAUAGUAAUAGUAGUAAAUAACUUCUCAUGGAUAAGGUUUGGAUGGGUUUCCUCAAGGGUCUCUGGUUUUUAUCCCAGCUCCUAAAACCAUGCAGGUGGCUGGAUAUAAUAAAGCUAAGAUUAUUAGCUGUACUACCCAAAAAGUCCCCAAAUGUCAAUUUUUUUUCAAAUAUUUGGGAAUCUCUAACACUACAGCUACAGUGUUUACAGGAGGUCAGUUCUUAUUUGUUCUGCUUUUACUAGAACAGAAUUAAAAGUUAAAAUUCCCAGCUUUUUUUUUUUUUAAAUUGUAUGCAAAGGCAAAUGGUAUUCAAAAUAUAUUCCAUUACAUUUAUAGAAUUUGGCAGACACCCUUAGUGACUGAGUGACUUACAUUAUGUGUCAUAUUAUGAAUCAGAAUAUGCAUAUCUGAUUUACAAAGUAUUAAACAUAAGGGUUGGGCAGGGGGGUGGCUUUGUGUUUAACCUGUUUUGCCUCAUGCCUCAGGGGUUGGGGGUUCGAUUCCCUUCUCCGCCUACCCUGUGUGUGUAGAGUUUGCAUGUGCUUCAAGCUUUUCCUUUGGGUAUUCUGGUGUCCUCUCCCAGUCCAAAGACAUGCAUUGUAGGCUAGCGGUACAGAAAAUGGAUGAAUGGAAACAUUUGGUUAACAAAAAAGAACUUGUUUAUGAUUGUUACACUGUUUGGUCAGUGUGUGUGUAUGUGAUGUAUUUGAUUGUAAACCAUUUUUACUAGUACACCGGUGUUCGGUUCAGACAGUGGAAUGGAAAUCGACUCAUCAGACAUUUUCAGUAUAAAUAAAUUAAUGAUUUUCUGGC